UUGACAAACAUGAGGAGUGCAGCCAAGCCCUGGAGUCCAGUCACCAAAGCAGGGAGCCAUGGGAUCGACCGAGCACGGCCCCUCCCCACAGCUUCUUCUGGCAUGAAGAGUUCUAAAUCUUCAACCUCACUGGCUUUUGAGUCCCGACUCAGCAAGCUCAAGAGGGCCAGUAGUGAGGACAUGCUCAACAAACCAGGAAGUACCAUUGCUUCUGGUGUAGUUCGACUGAAAAAGACUUCAACAGCCGGAGCCAUCUCUGAGUUCUCUGAGAGCCGCUUGAGGAGCAACCCAGGGGCCGUGACAACGACCAAACGAACAGGCAUUCCAGCUCCUCGAGAAUUUUCAAUAACUGUCUCAAGAGAGAGAACUGUGCCACGUGGUCCCUCUAACCCCAGGAAAUCGGUGUCCAGUCCAACUUCUUCCAGUACACCCACCCCUACCAAGCACCUGAGGACCACUUCCACAAGACCUAAGCCAGAGAAUGAAGGUGGAGAAAAGGCCGUGCUUGAGUCUCAAGUUCGGGAACUUUUGGCAGAAGCCAAAGCAAAAGAUAGUGAAAUUAACAGACUUCGAAGUGAACUAAAGAAAUGCAAGGAGAAAAGGACUCUGAACACUGAAGGAACCGAUGCUUUGGACCCAAAGGUAGAUGGAACAUCAGUCUCACCAGAUAAUUCAGAACCAUUGAUAAGAGCUCUUGAGGAGAAGAACAAGAAUUUUCAGAAAGAGCUUGCUGAUCUGGAGGAAGAAAACCGGGCCUUGAAGGAGAAACUGACUUAUUUUGAGCAUUCACCAAAUUCAGAAGGGGGAACAAGUCACACUGGUGACAGCAGCUGCCCAACAUCCAUAACCCAGGGGUCAAGCUUUGGAAGCCCAACUGGAAAUCAGUUGUCUGGUGAAAUCGAUGAGUACAAAAAAAACAUACAUGAAAAUGCAUUACGGACAUCAGAUUCUUCAAGUAGCGACGUAACCAAAGCUUCUUUGUCACCAGAUGCCUCCGAUUUUGAGCACAUUACAGCAGACACCCCCUCUAGGCCCCUGUCUUCCAUGAGCAAUCCCUUUAAGAGUUCAAAAUGUUCUACCACUGGGAGUUCCCCUAACAAUGUGAGUGAAUUGUCCUUGGCUUCUCUUACAGAGAAGAUACAAAAGAUGGAAGAAAAUCACCAUAGCACAGCAGAAGAACUGCAGGCUACUUUACAAGAAUUAUCAGACCAGCAACAAAUGGUGCAGGAAUUGACAGCUGAAAAUGAGAAACUGGUGGAUGAGAAGACGAUUUUGGAAACUUCCUUUCAUCAGCAUCGAGAGAGGGCAGAGCAGCUAAGUCAAGAAAAUGAGAAGUUGAUAAAUCUCUUACAAGAGCGAGUAAAGAAUGAAGAGCCCAGUGCUCAAGAAGGAAAACUCCUAGAGCUGGAGCAGAAGUGCGCAGAAAUUCUUGAACAGGGCCGCUUCGAAAGAGAGAAGCUGCUCAACAUUCAGCAGCAGCUGACCUGCAGCUUACGGAAGGUUGAGGAAGAAAACCAAGGAGCUUUAGAAAUGAUUAAACGCCUGAAAGAAGAAAAUGAAAAACUGAAUGGGCUUCUGGAACGGGAGCGGCAUAACAAUAGUGUGAUGGCCAAAACUCUGGAAGAGUGUAAAGUUACCUUGGAAGGGCUGAAGAUUGAAAAUGGGUCUUUGAAGGCUCAUUUGGACAAUGAGAAGCAAAACGCUGUGGAGACCAGUCAAAUGGGGCAGACAGCAGAGGGCUGUGAAAUUCAAGAAAUGUUGAAAGUAGCUCGAGCUGAGAAAGAUCAGCUGGAACUGUCAUGCACUGAACUCAAACAAGAAUUACUGAAGGCACAUGGUGAAAUUAAACAUGUUUCAAGCCUGCUAGCCAAGGUGGAAAAGGAUUAUUCUUACUUGAAGGAGAUAUGUGAUCGUCAGGCAGAACAGCUGAGCAGAACCAGCCUAAAACUGCAAGAGAAAGCAUCAGAGAGUGAUGCGGAGAUUAAAGACAUGAAGGAAACCAUAUUUGAAUUGGAAGAUCAGGUGGAACAACAUCGAGCUGUCAAGUUACAUAAUAAUCAACUCAUCAAUGAGCUGGAAAGCAACGUGAUGAAGCUAGAGGAACAGAAAUCAGACCUGGAAAGACAGUUAAAGACUCUGACUAAGCAGAUAAAGGAGGAGACCGAGGAGUGGAGGCGGUUCCAGGCGGACCUGCAGACUGCUGUGGUGGUGGCCAACGACAUCAAGUGUGAGGCCCAGCAGGAGCUGCGCACUGUGAAGAGGAGGCUGCUGGAGGAAGAGGAGAAGAACGCCAGGCUGCAGAAAGAGCUGGGGGACUUGCAGGGCCACAGCAGACCUGUGCGUGAAGAGUCCGAGCACUCUGAGGUCGAUGUUCCUGGCCGGUGGCAUGGUGUCUAUGUGAACAGAACAUCUCCAACACCUGUGGAGUCUGCAACCACUGUUAAGUCCCUUAUUAAGUCAUUUGACUUGGGACACCCAGGUGGAGCUGGACAGAAUAUUUCUGUCCAUAAGGCCCCCAGAAGUCCCCUGAGUGGAAUACCAGUGAGGACUGCCCCAGCUGCUGCUGUUUCUCCAAUGCAGAGGCAUUCAACUUACAACAGUGUUCGGUCAGCCAGCAAAGGGGUGACUCAACGUUUGGAUCUUCCAGACCUUCCCCUGUCAGAUCUUCUAAAAGGAAGGGCUGAGGACCUGAAACCAGACCCUUAUCUCCGUAAGAGUCCCUCGCUUGAGUCACUGAGCAGACCCCCUUCGCUUGGCUUCGGGAACACUAGACUGCUGAGCGCUUCCACUGGGGGCCUGAAACCACAAAGCAAACUCAGUGUGGAAAGAAGAGAUCCUCUGGCCGCCUUGGCCCGGGAAUAUGGCGGCUCCAAGCGCAAUGCUCUACUGAAAUGGUGCCAGAAGAAGACAGAAGGUUAUGCGAACAUUGAUAUCACCAAUUUCAGCAGCAGCUGGAGUGAUGGCUUGGCCUUCUGUGCUCUCCUCCAUACCUACCUGCCUGCUCACAUCCCAUACCAGGAGUUGAACAGUCAAGAGAAAAAAAGGAAUCUCUUGUUGGCAUUUGAAGCAGCUGAAAGUGUAGGCAUCAAACCCAGCCUGGAGCUCAGUGAGAUGCUGUACACAGACCGGCCUGACUGGCAGAGUGUGAUGCAGUACGUGGCCCAGAUCUACAAGUACUUUGAGACGUAAACCUUGAGGGCCCAACAGCAGCCACUGCCACCUACGGUUUGUUGUGGAAGCACCUGGUCACUUUCCAUAGGCUCUGUUCCGCCUGUCCACAACUCGGCCAUCUGGAUUUCAAAGGAAGAUUCAAUCCAAGGGGACCAGCACGCAAAUAAGAAACAGAGCUGAGUUCAACCAUGCACCCACCUUGAAUCCAGACAUAUUUGGAGUGUACGUGGGAGAAGCUCGCUCCCCCAGGGACCUCCCUCCUUCCAGACCCAAGAGACCCCAGUCAUACCGUGUGACUUCACACUAGAGCUGCACUGAGAUUCACAAUAAACAGCACUUCCAAAUCAGUCAUCUUUUUACUGAAAAUCCUCUUUUGCCUUUAUAAAACUUUGCCCUUGUUAUUCCCCAUACCCUUCCAAAAAAAUUAAAAAAUACCCAACAAAAGACAAACAUUUCCUUUCAAGCAGGCUGGAAAUGCAUAAACUCUGCCUUUUUUGGGAAAUAUGCUUACAUUCUAGGAAACAGUUUUAACACCUAGAACUUGAUUACAGUUUUUAGAUCUCACUUGUCACUCAUUUGAUUCUGUGGAUGGAAGAUAAAAGAUGUGAGAAUUAAGAGGAGUGGUCUGCUGCACUGUCCCUGUAGAAUGGCCUACGGAUGGAAGUGUGCGUUCUCCCAGGCGGCCGCGUGCUGGGACACGGGCACACACUAGGUGUCCUGUGUUCAGCCGGUCCCAUACAUGCUGAAAGUGAAGCCUCAGAAACUGCCUCCUCUGUCUGCCCUUGCAUCUAGUCACACUCCCAUUCACACCCACACAUUUGUCCCAUGUUCAGAACUCGACAGAAAGCCACUCAUGUAUAAUGGCCUGUGCCCGCCAGGGUCUUCAGGAGUUUGCGCAGUGAAACAGGCUGAAGACAUAUAUUUCUUGGGACAGCAAAUUUAAACAACAUUUCGACUUUAUAGUUUUUAGUACUUCAUCAGGCCUUUAAUGUUUGAUGGCAAAAGGAAGCCCUCAGGGAUGGCAGAGAUGGCUCUCUUUAUAAUUGAACAAAGGAAACUGCAAUUUCUCUACCAUCCUGCCGUCGCCGUAAGUGGCAGCAGAGCCUGCCUGGAGUGGCCUCAGAAGUUUUCUGUGUAGGUAAUCACCUGGUGGCUCUUUGUUGGUGUUGUUGGGCAAAUAAAUGUGCAUUAUAUUGCAAACAGGGUAUGGGUCACAUAGGUAAAUCUGAGGUGAAUUUCUCGGUGCCAGUCAGUCUUAUAUACGCACUCCGUGUUAGUGCCCCUCAGACAAAGCGUCAUCCUUACCAUAAGUUACCAAGAGUUGCAAUACAGCUUACAUUGCUUAAAGUAAAUCUCUGACUGUUGGAUGACUGUUCAGGGCCUUUGUUCACAGCUGGGGGCCUAAGGGCUGUGGGCCCAGCCCUUCCUGGGAGGCUGAGCUCAGCUCCUCCUUCCAGGCCACCUUUGUGGAGAAGGCAUCUGGAUUCAGCAGGCCCAUCCAUCCUCCUCCUCAGGCUGCCGCUGCUGCCCUGCUUAUGGUUCUCCUCUGCAGCUCUAGAUCAGAAUCUUCUGGGGAGCUGGUUAAAAACACAUCAGUUGAAUCUAAGUAUCUGGAACAGGACCAGGGAGAUAUGUAUUGUCAAAGUUCCUGAGAUCCACUGAGAGGAGAAAGCAGCCUUCAUCAGCCUGCCGGGCCGUGUGGCAAGAGGGGGGAGGCCCUCUGGGCAGUUUGAUGAUGACAAUUUCAUAACCGGCCCUUUGUUUUCAAAUGGAAGUUGUAGGCACAGUCUGAACAAAUUCAUCUUACUCCUUCCUGAUGAGCAUAUACAAAUGAAAGUUAUUAUUUGUGUUGCUUCCUGCAUCUGUCUUGUUGACAUACCUGAUAGACUUUCAUUUUUUUCCUAUGCUUCUGCCUUGCUCACAAUUAUAGUGGGGAAGAGGAAUAUGCCAGGUAGUUGGGUCGGUAUUAUUGGUGGUUAUGUCUAAGCUGGGAUUACUACAAGGUUGUGUAUGGGAGAGGCAUUGAGGUCUUGGGAUACCUGGAGGGGGUGUUUAGCAUUAUCAGUGCCCUGCUUUUGGUGGUUAUUGUAAAUAAUUCAGCAUGAGCUCUGAGUAAAGCAGUCUCUAUGCAAUGAGUCUGCUCCCUUCAGGUUAAAAAGGAAGGAAAGAAAUGUCAUGGGAAAAAAGGCCAUGUGGCAAUUUAUUUUUAUAGUUCAAGGAAGUUCCUCGACACCAUUUUCUUUGCCAGUGGGCAUGCAUGGAGAGGAAGUGUGUCCUGUUCAGAGAAAUAGGUGGUGUGAAGUCAGGCCCUCUAGCACCGCAGGGCCUGUGGGGGAAGCUGUGCCAACCCAGGCUGGGCCACUGAGUGGGGUUUUUAGAUUCAUUUUUAAUUGGAGAACUCAGAGCACAAGGUGAAUAUGGAAAAUAGAGAGAACAAGGUAGCGUCAGCAAAUUGUAUCAAUCCCAGUUUUCUGUCCUGAGGUUUUCAGAGGCUACAAUAUUCAUGUUUCUUCCCAUCUUCCUUCAGCCAAUACUGUCAUUUAAGAUUAUAUAGUUGUUCUGCAGAUUAUUUUUUUAAAUGUAUUAUGUUUGUAUAAAAGACAUGUAAAAUGCAAGACCUAGGAGAGUGGAGUUUUUAAAAGACAUAAAGGAAAGUGCGUGGUUCUCUGCAUUGUGAGUUGUUUUGUGGACUUGAACGUUAAUUGAUUGGUGAUUCUGCCAUGGCCCCUUGCCCACUGGAUUAGUGUUCUGAGGAACCAGGCAAAUUCAUACUUAUCUUGUCUUAGUCCCUUCUCACUUCAAAAACGACAUUAGCCUUUGGUUUUCAUUCUUCAUUCUGUUGUUGUUUUAUAGCUUUUAUGGAAACCAUCCAAAGUAGUUGCCGCAGGUGUUACACAAAAUACACUUCCCAAAGUGAUUAGCCGGCUGGCAAUGAUGAAUGUGUGCAGUAUUCUCUUCCCCACAGAAACAUUGGUGGGAUCCUCUCAAUCCCCGCCCCUCCCACUUCCCCAUUGAGGGGAUGGCAGCCUUUUCACCAAGAGUGUGGAGAGAGAGGACUCAGGUGGGUAAAUACAAACCCAUUUGCCAAAUCCAGCAGUAGUUCUUCCCGUUCCUAAGCUUGACUGCCAUUUUGAGAUGAACUACUGAGGACAUGCAGUAAAAGAUGUAACCUAGUAACCUUUUUAAAAGUAUUUUUAAUAUAUCAGUUGCCCAGGUUCACUGGGUAUUUCACUUCUCUAACCCAGGUUAGAGUUUGGCUAUAACAUCAUAAGUAGCUCACUAAUUUUAACUACAUUAGUUGAAGGCAGUUAAUAGAUCUGUAGCCUCAUUUGUAUACAGAGCACACCAGAUUGUACCAAGCAUUGUCAGGACUUAAUGUGCCAACAGAGCUGUAUUUAACUAUUGACAUGAAAGUGUAUGAUGUAUGACUAUGUAAUAUUUCUAAUAAAUAUAUUUUGUUUCUGUCUGAUUAUGAA